AUGAUUCCGGCCCUUCGACAGAAAAAAACCCAAAACCGACGCAACUUCAUCGAAACUCCAACCUCAACCUCUCGACCAGCUCGACCAUCCAAGCCACCACCACCGCCCCCAGACCGACCGACGUCUGCGUGCAAGUCUACCGGUUGCGCUCAAUUGCUCGUCUCCAGGCUCGCCAUGUCGCCUCUCGCCGCCUCUUCCGCCAGCUCGCUCCGGGCGUGUGCCCGACAUGCCAGCGUUGUCCCUCGCGCCCUCGCUGCCUCUUCCAUCGCCCAGCAGCGACGAGGAGGAGCCUCAGAUGCCUCCGCGAGUGCUUCGUUCGACAGCCCGUUCGCCAAAAGCAGCGGCUCUACCUCGACCUACAAGAUUCCUAGCUUCGGCAAAUAUGCGAGCCCUCGUCGUGAGAGCACAAACAAGACCUUCUCCUACUUUGUUGUUGGUUCCAUGGGCAUGAUGACCGCUGUUGGCGCUAAGGCUACUGUCCAAGAUUUCCUUCUCAACAUGUCUGCCUCUGCCGACGUUUUGGCCCAGGCCAAGGUCGAAAUCGCCCUUAACUCGAUCCCAGAGGGCAAGAACGUCAUCAUCAAAUGGCGAGGAAAGCCCGUUUUCAUCCGUCACCGAACUGCCAGUGAAAUCCAGGAAGCCCAAGAGACCAAGUGGGAAAAUCUUCGAGACCCCCAGCCAGAUUCUGACCGUGUCAAGAACCCCGAAUGGCUUAUCAUGUUGGGCGUCUGCACCCACCUUGGAUGCGUCCCAAUUGGCGAAGCUGGCGACUUUGGCGGCUGGUUCUGCCCCUGCCACGGCUCUCACUACGAUAUCUCUGGCCGUAUCCGAAAGGGUCCGGCUCCAUUGAACUUGGAGGUUCCAAUCUACGACUUCCCAAGCGAUGACACCCUCGUCAUUGGCUAA